AAAAAAAAAAGCACAAGAGAAACCAAGGAAGAUCGACAAACGGCGAGGAAUAGCAAAAGGCAAAGAAUCGCAAACGGUUGAUCGAAAGGAAAAAGCAAGAAACAACGAGAACGGUUAAAAAAAAGGUAUACAUACGAAGCCACAAAGGGUACAGGUAUAUGGUAAAAGGAAAAUAGAGAGAGCAACGUAGACGGACUGAGCGACAAACUUGGCGGGAGAGCGAAUCAGAACGGCAACGAGUGCAGACGAGCACAAGUAAAGGCUCUCGAAAGUGCGUGUAAAGUUAAGGGAUUUAAAGGUUGGAGAUUUGGACGUGAUCUUGAGGGCUCAUGAUCUCCAAGUCAAAGGAAACAAAAUGGCAAAGAUCAAUGAGUUGAUGACGAAACUGGAAAGUGAUGAAAUUGAGACAGACGACUACGAUAUAAUGGAAAAAAACGCAAGUACAAGUAUGCAAGCCCAAAUCAACGAAAUUAAGGAGAUGGUGGCAAACUUGGCAACGAUGGUCCAAACGGCAUGCUUGCAGCAACAAAGUCAAGCACAAGGGACUGUGGAACAAGAAACGACACGCUUACGUCAGACGCUGGAUGGAUCGAGACACACACAUGCGCCAAACGGGAUGAAACCGGAAAAUGUGCUCUCAUCGCCACAGCUAGAAGCUCAAGGUCAAGGUUUUACAAGCAUCAAAGAAAUGAUAGGAAUUCUGCCGGAUUUUGAUCCUAUCAAGGGAUCUAUCACAUCGGAGCAAUUCAUCGCAAAGGUAGAGCAACUACAAAGCGUAUACAUGUGGACAAGUGACGCUGUGCUGUUUGCAGUGCAGCAUAAGAUGCGUGGAGUAGCAAAAACAUGGCUGGAUGCACAGCAGGUAUAUCGAUCAUGGGAUCAAUUCAAAUCGGCAUUCGCUCUUGAUUUUCCAUGUUUAGUGAGUACGGCCGAUGUGCACAGAGAAUUGAUGCGUCGCAAGCGACGCAAUAGCGAGUCAUUAAUUGAAUACUUUUAUGCGAUGGUAGCUAGUGGACGGCGUGCGAGUGUCGAUGAACCAUCAAUAAAUUCGUAUAUCAUCAACGGGCUUAAUUCAAAAGAACUCACGAAAUCAUUAUUAGCGAUGAACAGCACUUGUUCAGAGCUGCUAAAGUCGUUGGAAAAUUUGAGAUUUUCACAAGAGAUACAUCAACAACAAUACAAAGCGUCAACGAUCAAUGAAAAGCAAUACAACGAUGCUGAUGGCAAGAUGAAAGCAGUUAAAUGUUAUAAUUGCAAUAAUUUCGGGCACUUUGCAGCAAAAUACACAGAGCCACAGCGAAAGGAAAGAUGUUCCAAAUGCUCUAAGAUUGGGCAUAAUGAAAAGGAUUGCAAGGUGAAAACAUCGUCAACGGUGGCUCAAGUGAAUGAGUCGCAUCACAAGGAGUAUCCGCCAAUAAUGAAAACAGUUCUCAUUGGAGGCCAACAGUUUGAAGCAUUCAUCGACACGGGCAGUGAUAACACCCUAAUGAAAGAAGCAGCAGUGCCAGAUGGAGCAAUACGGCAGCCGAGAGUCAAACGGCUGCAAGGCUUUGGAGGAUCUGUGGUCGAAUCGAAGGAGUGCAUUCUUUCAGAGUUUGCAUAUGGCAAACUGAGACUCUUCACGCAAAUUCAGGUGGUACCAAACGAAGUCCUACCAUAUGAUGUCCUCGUGGGCAGAGAUAUCAUCUGCCACGAUCAGGAAAUGCUGGUUGCCGAAGAUUCAGGAUCAACGUUGACAGCAGUGGAGCAGGUCGGGUUUAAUGUUAACACGGACAUUGACCCCGACCACCAGGAACAGGUGAGCGAUCUAUUAAAGAGCUAUAAAGAGUGUUUUGCCGAAGAUUUGUCAAAUAUUGGCAGGUGCAAAACGACGAAUAUGGAUAUAGAGGUAUCCACUACGAAAGCCAUCUUGGGGCGGCGAUAUCAAGUGCCGUUUGCCCAAAGGGAGAUGAUGACUACGAUAAUAGGUGACUUACUGAAGUACGGGAUAAUUGAAAGGAGCACGUCAACGCAUGCAGCAUCAGCAAUAUUGGUGCCAAAGGCAAAUGGAGAACGGAGGCUAUGCGUGGACUAUCGGGCUCUAAACGCAGUCACUAUAAAGAAGCGAUAUCCGAUGCCGAUUGUAGAGGAGCAAUUGGCAAAGCUAUCCGGAAAUGUAUACUUCACGACGCUGGAUAUGACAUCCGGUUAUUACCAGGUUCCGAUGGACGAGAAAAGCAAAAAUUUGACGGCAUUUAUGGCACCAGAUGGACUGUACGAAUUUAAGGUCAUGCCCUUUGGUCUGGUGAACGCACCGAUGGUCUUCCAAGAAGUCAUUACUGAGAUCAUACGACAGCUGAAACACCAACGGAAUAUUAUCAAUUAUGUGGACGAAGUCAUAAUUGCAUCUAAGACGGUCGAAGAAGCGACCAUAUGAGGCCAAUGUGUGCCUUAAUUCCAAA